AUGGGGUUGGAGGCCCAGAGGUCACCAGGGACAGAGGAGGCCCCAGUGAGAGUAGCCCUACGAGUCCGCCCACUGCUGCCCAAGGAGCUGCUGCAUGGGCAUCAGAGCUGCCUGCAGGUGGAGCCAGGGUGUGGCCGUGUCACUCUGGGCCGUGACCGCCAUUUUGGCUUCCAUGUGGUACUGGCCCAGGACGCCAGUCAGGAGGACGUGUACCAGGCUUGUGUGCAGCCCCUCCUUGAGGCUUUCUUUGAGGGCUUCAAUGCCACUGUCUUUGCCUAUGGUCAGACAGGCUCUGGGAAGACGUACACCAUGGGGGAGGCCAGUGUGGCCUCCCUCCAUGAGGACGAGCAGGGCAUCAUCCCACGGGCUAUGGCUGAAGCCUUCAAGCUUAUCGACGAGAAUGACCUGCUUGACUGUCUGGUGCAUGUGUCCUACCUUGAAGUGUACAAGGAGGAGUUCCGUGACUUGCUUGAGGUGGGCACUGCCAGCCGUGACAUCCAGCUUCGGGAAGAUGACCGAGGGAAUGUCGUGCUGUGUGGGGUGAAGGAGGUGGACGUGGAGGGCCUUGAUGAGGUGCUGAGCCUCUUGGAGAUGGGCAAUGCAGCACGGCACACGGGGGCCACGCACCUGAACCGACUCUCCAGCCGCUCCCACACAAUCUUCACGGUGACCCUGGAGCAGCGGGGUCGCGCUCCCAGCCGUUUGCCCCGACCUGCAGCUGGCCAGCUGCUCAUCUCCAAGUUCCACUUUGUGGACCUGGCGGGCUCCGAGAGGGUGCUGAAGACCGGCAGCACAGGCGAGCGGCUCAAGGAGAGCAUCCAGAUCAACAGCAGCCUCCUGGCUCUGGGCAACGUCAUCAGCGCCCUGGGCGACUCCCAGCGCCGUGGCAGCCACAUCCCCUAUCGUGACUCCAAGAUCACCCGGAUCCUCAAAGACUCCCUCGGGGGAAAUGCCAAGACUGUGAUGAUUGCCUGCGUCAGCCCUUCGUCCUCCGACUUUGAUGAGACGCUCAACACUCUCAACUAUGCCAGCCGUGCCCAGAACAUCCGCAAUCGCGCCAUGAUCAAUUGGCGGCCAGAGGCAGAGCGGGCGCUGGAGGAGACGGCGGCUGGGGUGCGGGGACCACCGCGGCACCGCUCGGAAACGCGCAUCAUCCACCGCGGCCGGCGCGUCCCCGGUACCGCCGCGGCCCACGCAGCCGCCGCUCGUCUGGAUGCCGAGUGCGCGCGCUGCAGGGCCCGUGCUGAUGCUGCCUGCAGCCUUCUGCGCGAGCUGCAGUCUGAGCCUGGCCUGCCUGGCGCCGCUGCGCGUAAGGUGCGCGAUUGGCUGUGCGCGGUUGAAGGCGAGCGCAGCGCUCUGAGCUCCGCUUCCGGGCCGGACAGUGGCAUCGAGAGCGCCUCCAAUGAGGACCAGGCCGCGCAGGGGCCUCGAGAGAGAAAGGAAGAUGAGGGGGCACAGCAGAUGCUUACACUGCAGAGCCAGGUGGCCCGGCUGGAGGAGGAGAACCGAGACUUUCUGGCUGCCCUGGAGGAUGCCAUGGAACAGUACAAACUGCAGAGUGACCGUCUGCGUGAGCAGCAGGAAGAGAUGGUGGAGCUGCGGCUGCGGCUGGAGCUGGUGCGCCCUGGUUGGGGGACCCCAGGGCUUUUGCAGGGCCUACCAGCUAGGUCUUUUGUGCCUCGGCCUCACACGGCCCCUCUGGGGGGUGCCCAGACCCAUGUGCUGGGCAUGGUACCCCCUGCCUGCUUUCUUGGUGAUGAAGUUGAUCCCAAGCAGUGGGGAGAGCUGACAGGUGACAAGGAAGCUGGCACCGAGGUACUGGUGGAGGAAGACAGGCUGGGAAGUGGCCCUUCAACUUCAUCAGAGGAGGAGGAGGAGCCACCCAAGCGGACCCUGCAUCUGCGCAGAAAUGGGAUUGGCAGCUGGAACCGGAAGGUGGGGGUCCACCCAGCGAGUCCAACCAAUAGGAAGGGCCCAGAGCUUCGCCUUGAAGAACUGGGUGCACCCAUCCCAGGGCCCAGAGUAGUUGAUGAGAGCAAGGCCCCAGCUCGGCCCCGCCAGACCCCUGCCGCUGCAGCCUCUGAAUGGCGGCUAGCCCAGGCUCAGCAGAAGAUCCGAGAGCUGGCCAUCAAUAUCCGCAUGAAGGAGGAGCUCAUUGGAGAGUUAGUCCGCACAGGGAAGGCGGCCCAAGCCCUGAACCGCCAGCAUAGCCAGCGCAUCCGGGAGCUGGAGCAAGAGGCAGAGCGGGUACGGGCCGAGCUGAGUGAAGGCCAAAGGCAGCUGCGGGAGCUAGAAGGCAGGGAGCCCCAGGACGCUGGUGAGCGGUCCCGGCUCCAGGAGUUCCGCAAGAGAGUCGCUGUGGCCCAGAGCCAGGUGCAGGUACUGAAGGAGAAGAAGCAGGCGACGGAACGACUGGUGUCACUCUCGGCCCAGAGUGAGAAGCGGCUGCAGGAGCUCGAGAGGAAUGUGCAGCUUAUGCGGCAGCAGCAGGGCCAGCUGCAGAGGCGGCUGCGCGAAGAGACAGAGCAGAAGCGGCGCCUGGAGACAGAGAUGAACAAGCGACAGCACCGCGUCAAGGAGCUGGAGCUGAAGCAUGAGCAGCAGCAAAAGAUCCUGAAAAUCAAGACGGAGGAGAUCGCAGCAUUCCAGAGGAAGCGGCGCAGUGGCAGCAAUGGCUCUGUGGUCAGCCUAGAGCAGCAGCAGAAGAUUGAGGAGCAGAAGAAGUGGCUGGACCUGGAGAUGGAGAAGGUUCUGCAGCAGCGCCGGGCAUUGGAGGAGCUGGGGGAGGAGCUCCAGAAGCGGGAGGCCAUCCUGGCCAAGAAGGAAGCCCUGAUGCAGGAGAAGACAGGGCUGGAGAGCAAGCGCCUGCGGUCCAGCCAGGCCCUCAGUGAGGACAUUGUACGAGUGUCUAGCCGGCUGGAGCACCUGGAGAAGGAACUCUCUGAGAAGAGUGGGCAGCUGCGGCAGGGCAGUGCCACCAGCCAGCAGCAGAUCCGCGGGGAGAUCGACAACCUGCGCCAGGAAAAGGACCUGCUACUGAAGCAGCGCCUGGAGAUUGACAGCAAGCUGAGGCAGGGCAGCCUGCUGUCGCCUGAGGAGGAACGGACGCUGUUCCAGCUGGAUGAGGCCAUUGAAGCCCUGGAUGCUGCCAUUGAGUACAAGAAUGAAGCCAUCACAUGCCGCCAGCGUGUGCUACGGGCCUCAGCCUCCUUGCUGUCCCAGUGCGAGAUGAACCUCAUGGCCAAGCUCAGCUACCUCUCAUCCUCAGAGACCAGAGCAUUACUCUGCAAGUACUUUGACAAGGUGGUGACGCUCCGAGAGGAGCAGCACCAGCAGCAGAUCGCCUUCUCGGAGCUGGAGAUGCAGCUUGAGGAGCAGCAGCGGCUGGUUUACUGGCUGGAGGUGGCUCUGGAGCGGCAGCGCCUGGAGAUGGACCGUCAGCUGACCCUGCAGCAGAAGGAGCACGAGCAGAACAUGCAGCUGCUCCUACAGCAGAGCCGAGACCACCUUGGUGAAGGGUUAGCAGACAGCAAGAGGCAGUAUGAGACCAGGAUUCAAGCGCUGGAGAAGGAACUGGGCCACCACAUGUGGAUAAACCAGGAGCUAAAACAGAAGCUCAGUAGUUUAAAUGCUACAGGCCAGAGCAGGGGUGGGGAGAAGAGGAACCUGUGCAUAGCAAACAGACAACCCCUUGGAAACGAAGAGGAGCCUCACUCAGCCCCUGAGCUUCCCUGGCAGCCCCUUGUCACUGAGGGUGCCCCCUGCACCUGGGAGGAGGUACGAGACUUGGUCAGAGCUCCAUUGCCGCUAACAUGGAAGCGCUCAAGCCUAUGCAGUGAUGAGCAGGGCUGCCCUGAAGAGCUGAGGCAUCGGGAAACAGCUGAGGCUCUAGUGGGGCGGGGGCUGCCUGGAGCUGAGGGGAGCCUGCUCUGGAACUUUGGGCCUCUGCCCAAGCCCCGUCGGGACCUGAGAAGAGCCAGUCCAGGGAUGAUCGACGUCAGGAAAAACCCCCUGUAG